GACGCGGAAGCAAGGGGCAGCAGGAGGAGGAGGAGGGCGCGCGGCGCGGCUGACGUGGGCCGGGGUCGCGCAGCAGGCUGUGGGCGGUGGCGGCGCGCAGCGACAGAGCGUCCCCCGGCGAGGACGAGGGAGCACUGUUCCCGCACCUCCCCGCACCGCCCGCGCUGCGCGCCCCGAGGAGCGGCCGCCGCCGUUCUCCAGCUGGAGCUGCAUUCCCUCCGCGUCCACCCCACGUUUCUCCCGCUCCGGGCCUCGCCAUGGCCCGGGCAGUGUGGUCGCGCCUCGGCCGCAUCCUAUGGCUCUCCUGCCUCCUGCCCUGGGCCCCGGCAGGGGUGGCCGCAGAGUUCCUCGUUGGGGACCUCGUUGUCACCCAGAACACCUCCUUGCCCUGGCCCAGCUCCUAUCUCACUAAGACCGUCCUGAAAGUCUCCUUCCUUCUCCACGACCCGAGCAACUUCCUCAAGACCGCCGUGUUUCUCUACAGCUGGGACUUUGGGGACGGGACCCAGAUGGUGACUGAAGACUCCGUGGUCUAUUAUAACUAUUCCAUCAUCGGGACCUUCACCGUGAAGCUCAAAGUGGUGGCAGAGUGGGAAGAGGUGAAGCCGGAUGCCACGAAGGGUGUGAUGCAGAAGACCGGGGACUUCUCCGCCUCGCUGAAGCUGCAGGACACCCUUCGAGGCAUCCAAGUCUUGGGGCCUACCCUAAUUCAGACCUUCCAAAAGAUGACCGUGACCUUGAACUUCCUGGGGAGCCCUCCUCUGACCGUGUGCUGGCGUCUCAAGCCUGAGUGCCUCCCGCUGGAGGAAGGGGAGUGCCACCCUGUGUCCGUAGCCAGCACAGCGUACAACCUGACCCACACCUUCAGGGACCCUGGGGACUACUGUUUCAGCAUCCGGGCCGAGAAUGUCAUCAGCAAGACGCAUCAGUACCACAGGAUCCAGGUGUGGCCCUCCAGAAUCCAGCCGGCUGUCUUUGCUUUCCCAUGUGCUACACUUAUCACUGUGAUGUUGGCCUUCAUCAUGUACAUGACCCUGCGGAAUGCCACUCAGCAAAAGGAUAUGGUGGAGAACCCGGAGCCACCCUCUGGGGUCAGGUGCUGCUGCCAGAUGUGCUGUGGGCCCUUCUUGCUGGAGACUCCAUCUGAGUACCUGGAAAUUGUUCGCGAGAACCAUGGGCUGCUCCCACCCCUCUAUAAGUCUGUCAAAACUUACACUGUGUGAGCACUCCCCCUCCCCACCCCAUUUCAGUGUUAAAUGACUGCUGACUUGGAGUUUCUGGCAGGGUGGUGUGCACCACUGACCAGGAGGGGUUCAUGUGCGUGGGGCUGUUGGCCUGGAUCACCCAUCCAUCUGUACAGUUCAGCCACUGCCACAAGCCUCUCCCUCUCUGUAACCCCUGCCCCCAGCCAUUCACCCAUCUGUACAGUCCAGCCACUGAUGUAAGCCCCACUCGGUUACUACCCCCUUGACCCCCUACCUUUGAAGAGGCCUCAUGCAGGACUUUGCUGCUUGGGGUGUUCCAUGUUCACUCCCAGGUGGGCCUGGCUGCCCACUGCCCAUUCCUCUCAUAUUGGCACAUCUGCUGUCCAUUGGGGGUUCUCAGUUUCCUCCCCCAGAUAGCUCUGCCUGUGCCAGAGAGCUAGAAAGGA